CUUGCUACAUGCGACGAAACUUCCGGUAAAACAUAAACAUUACUUGACAGAGAUGAGAGAAUGGAGAAAGGAGAGAUAGAGCAGAUUUUUGCCUAUAUAUUAAUUGCAUUAACAUUUGUGAUAAUUCUAAAAAGAAUCAUUUCUUGUAGAUUUAAUUGGGAAGAAAUAAUCUUGCAAAAUGUAAAUGCAGUUCAUCAUCCAAAAUCAACACAAGAAGUUCAUGUGCAAGAAGUUUUCAAUCCAUUCCACAUUGCUUUUUCAAGCCAGUUCAAGAGCAGCAUAAAAGAUGACCUGAAUCUCCAGUUGUCACUUGUGAAGCCAGCUUUUGUAAGCCUCUUCUGGGGAGCAGAAAUAGAUGAAUUUUACAAGGAAAUUCAACAUCCAUGGCAGGUUCUUCACGGCAGAAUUCAAGAAGGACUCUUUCUUGGGGAAAAGAAAAUGGGAAACACCAAUUAUUUAGAGAAGUCCCAAAUAUGUGAAAACUCUGAAUGGCAGAUAGAAAUACCAGUGAAUGUAAAACAGCAUAGUGAAGCUUCCCCAAGGAAAACUUACCCUGCUGUUGUAGCCUGUACUCUGGAGGAACCAUUGACAGAGGAUUUGCAGAUUGUCAUAAUGUUGUCUGUCUUACAUAUUAAAGAUACACAAGUUCGUCUGGAUUCACAAGUUUUAUUCCAGUAUCUUAUCACCAACGAAGAUAAAGUAACCACUCUACAUCCUUAUUAUGUGUCAACAGAAAGUUCAAGUGCAGAGACUGAGAGACGCUGCUACAGCGAUCCACAAUUCCAGCAGAGUACUAGUGGAAACAGUGAAGAACAAGUUACCGACCCUGUUGAUGUAGACUCUUGCUGUGUAUGUCAGAGUGCGGAAAUGAUGAUUGUACUACUACCAUGCCGUCAUGGAUGUGUGUGUAGCACAUGUGUAAAUAAAUUAGACAAAUGUCCCGUGUGUAGAGAAGUGUUCACUUCAUAUUUCAGAAUAAAAAAGCACAACCGCCAAGAGUUUGUGAAAGAAGAGCAGAAUUCAGAACAUAUUGCAAAUCCGCGUACAAUUGCAACAAACAGUUGGUGGGAAAGAUUUAAUGAGAAACUGAAUAGUUUUUUUGGAUUUACAUAAUAAAUACUCAAAUAUA